AUGCCCACUGGCAGUUCAGAUAUGAUUCGACGCCGUGCCUUUCGGCGAACAGACAACUAUAUGCCUGGUAAACUUAAACUGAAACUCGUGGAAGAGGUAUUUCCUCCGCUUGAACCGACGUCAGUUUUAAUCAAAGUUCAUGCUGUAUCUCUCAACUACCGUGAUGCAAAUAUUGCGAAUGGAGGCAAUCCGUGGCCGGUCUUACCAAACGGGAUAUUAUGCAACGAUGCAGCUGGCGAAGUCAUUGCCAUCGGGGAUAAAGUCAAGAGGCUAGUAGUUGGUGAUAGGGUCAGUCCUAUCACUGAUACUAAGAAUAUCUCCGGUCGAGAGAUCGGUCGUUCAUGGCUUGCUGCGGAUGAAGAUGGGGUUAUGGCAGAUCAUAUCAUUUUUGACGAAAAUGUUCUCUGUAAACUACCAGAUCAUCUUGACUGGAAUGAAGCUGCUACGAUCCCCUGUGCUGGUGUUACUGCAUGGUCAGCUUUGAAGGGAAUGAGUAUUGGACAGACUGUUUUAAUCCAAGGCACUGGAGGCGUAAGCGUCUUUGCGCUCAAACUUGCAAAAGCAGCCGGUCUCCGAAUUAUCUUGACGUCUUCGAGCGACGCAAAACUCAAGCAAAUGUCAGAGCGAUACCCCGGAAUUCUGACAAUCAAUUAUUCCAGCACUCCGGACUGGGAUCAAGAAGUCAUGAGACUUACAGCCGAAGAGGGGGUGGACAUUGUUGUAGAGAAUGGAGGGACAGGAUCUUUGGUCAAAAGUCUCAAGUGUACGCGACGUGGUGCUGUAGUUAGCCAAGUCGGAUAUCUGUCGAAGCAGGAUCCUGCCGAUUUGCGAGAACUGGUUCCUACUAUCAUUGAUCGCAGGGUCACACUUCGAGGUAUCAAUGCUGGCUCGAAGUAUGAUAUGGAAGACUUUUGUGCUGCCCUUUCAGCGGCGCAAACUCGUCUUCAUGAUUUGAUUGAUAAGAUAUUUCCUUUUGAGGAGGCUGAGGAUGCGGUUGAAUAUGUUUGGCAGGGUAAACAGGUUGGCAAGAUUGUACUACGUCUUUAG